UGUCCACGUGACCUGUCCGAGCUCUCAACCGACAUAUAUAUUGCCGAUUCAAAAAGGGUACAAUUUCCUGUGUUCGUGUCACUACCAUCCAUCCGUGAGUGCAAGGCCGACGUGGUUCAAGAUGAGACUCGCGUCAACCGUGAGGUUCAGAACAAGAGGACGAAUCGACGCUCGCGUCUUCUCUGUAUCCGUUCACCACCACAAACUAACUCGUCUAUCCCAGUCGCUCGUCCAAGGCCCGCAGGAACCCCCUCUCGACCACCGUACAUUCACGGAAUACUUCACUCAGGAGAUUCUCUUCAAACACGGAGACAGACCUGGAUUGAUUUGUCGAGCUGAGAAACCUCGUGCUCAUGGUGGACCUUCGUCCAAGAAUCUAGGAGGAGUGUCGACACACCUUGCUUGGGAUUUUGAAGAGUUUGAGAGACAUAUUGACGCUCUUGCACGGGGGCUUGUUGGCUUGGGGGUGAGGAAGGGGGAUAGGGUUGGGGUGGUUAUGGGGAAUAAUAGCUCAUACGCAAUGCUUCAGUGGGCCCUUUCUCGUGUGGGAGGCAUACUGGUAACUAUCAAUCCGGCAUAUCGAAUAGAGGAGCUUAUCAGCACGCUACGGAUCGUAGGCGUCAAACAUCUCUUCGCUGUCCCUCGAAUACGUACCUCUUCAUAUCUCGAAAUGCUAGCCUCAAAACUCCCUGAUCUUAAAAACUCUGCACGCGGAGAAAUCCAGGACCCAAACUUGCCAGAACUACGGAAUCUUAUCGUCGUAGACAAUCAGGACGCCUAUCGGGGCGAGUUGACAAAGUUGGAUAUGAAACCGGUUAUUGAUUGGCGCGAGGUCAUCAUGUGGAGAGAAGACACUAGGGAGAGUACCAUCGUAAGGGAUACCGCAGCGUCAUUAACGAAAGAUGAUCUUGUCAAUAUGCAGUUUACGAGCGGAACGACCGGAAUGCCCAAGGCUGUUCAACUCACCCACCAUAAUUUACUGAAUAACGGGAUCUCAAUCGGGCGUUGUAUGCGGUUAACGAAUAAGGAUGUUGUUUGUAACGUUCCGCCCCUCUUUCAUUGUUUUGGCCUCGUACUGGGUAACUUGGCUGCAUGGGUGCACGGUGCUGCCAUCGUCUAUCCCUCAGAAGUCUUUCAUGCACCAUCCAUCGUUAACGCGGUUAUGGAAGAAAAGUGUACAGCGUUGCAUGGUGUUCCUACUCAUUUCUUGGGUGUUCUAUCGGAGGUGGAUAAGAGACGAAAGGAGGGUGAGAAUGUCGAUAUGCGGACUUUAAGAACUGGAAUAGCUGCAGGAACAUCUACCCCCAUCGGGUUAAUGAAACAGCUCAUCUCUGAACUUAACUUGAGAGAUUUAACCAAUGCGUAUGGAAUGACCGAAACGAGCCCAGUAUCUUUCCAGACCACCCCCGAUGAUCCCAUCAUCAAGCGUGUGGAAACCUGCGGGAAGGUAUCACCACAUGUCAAAGCGAAAGUUAUCGACCCGAAUGGAAAUAUUGUACCCGUUGGCAAGCCAGGAGAACUCUGCGUUGCUGGGUAUCUGGUGCAGAAGGGGUACUGGAAAGAUGAAGAACAGACGAACAUAGCUAUGAAGAAGGAUGAAGAAGGUACGGUGUGGAUGCACACCGGUGAUGAGGGUGUUCUGGACGAGGAUGGGUACUUGAGCAUCGUAGGCAGGAUCAAGGACAUCAUAAUCCGUGGAGGAGAGAACUUGUUCCCGAUCCAGAUUGAGAACACACUUCACACGAACCCUGAUAUACGCGAAUCCGCUGCUGUGUCUGUUCCCGAUAAGGUGUUUGGAGAAGUAGUCGGUGCAUGGAUUGUACGUGCUCCUGGCAGCAGUAUCACAAGAGAAGACGUCAGGAGGACCGUCGCGGAAGGUAUGAAUCCUCAGAACGCGCCAUCAUGGGUCUGGUUCGUUGGAGAAGAUUUCUCGAGUGAACUACCAAAAACCGCGAGUGGUAAGAUAAUGAAACAUGUACUGAGGAAAUGGAGCAAAGAGCUGGCUGAGAAGGGAAUCGGAGCUGUGUCGACUUAGUCCACCAUCUAAUCUUAUCUUAUCUUUGCUUGACUUCAUGCUGGAGAACCAGAACUUUGGAA